AGCAGCGAGCCGGUACCGGGAGAUGCUGUCGGCCGCCGGGGGGAUGCUGCCGGGGCUCGGCCUGGAGCUGGGCGGCCCGCGGGGGGCUGCCCUGCAGUACCGCUUCUCGCCCUAUACCUUCAAUGGCGGGACUGUGUUGGCGAUUGCUGGAGAAGACUUUUGCAUCGUUGCCUCUGACACACGACUGAGUGAAGGUUAUGCAAUUCACAGCCGGGACAGUCCAAAAUGCUACAAACUAACAGAACGAACGGUCAUUGGAUGCAGCGGUUUCCAUGGGGACUGCCUGACGCUUACUAAAAUCAUUGAAGCAAGAUUAAAGAUGUACAAGCAUUCCAAUAACAAGACCAUGACUACUGGGGCUAUUGCAGCAAUGCUGUCCACAAUUCUGUACUCCCGACGUUUCUUUCCUUACUAUGUUUACAACAUCAUUGGUGGACUUGAUGAGGAAGGGAAGGGAGCAGUCUAUAGCUUCGAUCCAGUAGGCUCGUACCAGAGAGAUUCUUUCAAAGCAGGUGGAUCGGCAAGUGCCAUGCUACAGCCCUUGCUUGAUAACCAGAUUGGCUUCAAGAACAUGCAAAAUGUGGAGCAUGUACCUCUGACCCUGGAAAAGGCUUUGCAGCUGGUUAAAGAUGUCUUUAUUUCUGCUGCUGAGAGAGAUGUGUACACUGGUGAUGCACUUAAGAUUUGUGUGGUCACAAAAGAUGGAAUUAAAGAGGAAACCAUCCAAUUACGGAAAGACUAAUUCAGUUUGCAUACAAACAUGUAAUCUGUGGAAUACAAUUUAACUGUAUUGUGAAGAUGUUUGUCUUAUUAAACUUUUUCAAGAAGUUUGACUACUGUAA